AUGGCUCAACAAUCUUUACAAAAGCACCCGCAUGAUGAGGAUGCAGAGUACGACUCCAACAUAGGUAUUGCAUACCACCUUAGAGGAGCGACAAAAUUAGAAGUCAAGAGUUUCUGCAGAAUGGAAGAAACUGCAGCUGAUAAAAGGGUUACCACGCGUCUUCCUCCAUGUUGCUUGUGUAUUUUAAGAGAGAAAUUUAUCAUUGUGGGUACCUAUCUCUUGCAUAAGGACUCAGGCAAUCGAACUGGCUCUAUUGAGGUUUAUGAUAAAGAAUUGAACCUUCUUUCUAGCAUAAAAACCUAUGGGGCAAUUUUAGAUUUGAAGCUCAAUCCAUUCGAUGAUACUUUACUCGCAACAGCUCAUUCAACCGGUAAUAUGAUUCUGUGGACGAUAUCUGUCGACGAUGAUAAUUCAUCAAUUGAUAUCAAACUAUUGAACAACCUUCAAGUAUUUGAUCCCACAUGUCUAAUAACGUCUCUCCAGUUUUCUCCAUUGCUGGAUAAUCUCGUACUUUUAACCACUACUAAUGGGGAUUUUGCUACUGUUGAUAUCAUACAUGGUGAAAUAUGCUUUAUAGAGGAGGUGGAGCCAUCGUAUUUCGACUCCUCAACAAUAAAUUAUAUUGAGGUGCCAAAUGCAGACAUCAAAGUUAUAAAUGUUCAGAAUGACCAUGAACAAAUCUUUCAUUUCAAACAUUCUUUGGAGUGCUGGACCGGCGAGUUCGGCUGUUUGGCUCCUUUGAAAGAUGUUGUAUUCACUGGUGGUGACGACUCUGCAAUUGCAGCUCAUGAUUUGAAUUCAGGCAAAAAGAUCUGGUCCAAUUCAAAAAUUCAUCAAGCUGGUGUUACGGCAAUUAAGGCUGCUAGGGAGACAUUUAGAGGCAACAAGCCAACAAGUUUAAUCACAGGCUCUUAUGAUGACCAUAUACGAUCCUUUGAUCUAAGAAUGCUCUCAGAAACCACAAUAUAUCCAGGGACAGACGUCCCUGUGGUUAAUAAAUGGGAAGACAAUUUACAGGGUGGUGUUUGGAGAUUCUCGGAGGCCCCAACGAAUGACGGACUGUCAAAUAACAGACUUAUGGUUUGUUGCAUGUAUAAUGGUGCGAAGGUUGUCAACGUCCAAAACGAUCAUUUCGUGACCGAGCAGUUUAUAAAAGAAGGGCAUGAAUCAAUGUGUUACGGUGGUGAUUGGAGUAAAGAAACAGUUGCAACUUGUUCUUUUUAUGACAAGUCCCUACAACUUUGGAAAAGUCCAAAUUAA